AUGAGCUCAACAACAAGUUCAGGGCUUUGGAAAACCAGGAUUGAAUUGAGUAACCACAAGAAAGAGGUAGAUGAAAUUGAAAGAUUGGUGUUUGGAACUGAGAUUGAACAGUUUGAGCAUCUGAUUGUAGCAACAGCUGAGGCAAAGAUUGUGGAGGAAGCUGACAAAAUGGUUGAAGCAAAGAUUUCGAAGAGAGUUGACCAGACGCUGAAAGAGGUCAAGCUAGAGGACACCACUGAGGUUGAGCAGUCACCCUAUGACAAGCUCCCAUUUCCACAAUGGGUCCUCACCAAAGCUCAGAAGAAGGUGAUUUCCAAGUUUAGAAUAGACCUAAGUGAUAUUGGACUUAAGCUUCCAGCGAUUUCGGGUAUGCGUGAGGCUCAUGUCCAAAUGAUGCUCAUCAAGGACAUUGUAGACCACCAAGCAGAAGUAGUAGAGCUUCUCAACAUCUCAACAUUGAAACUUGAUCCACCAGUCACACCAAAGUCUCUCCCUAAACUAGAAUCCCAAGGGAAGUUCACCUUGUCUUGCUCCAUUGGUAAGCUCACCUUUGAUGAUGCUCUUAGUCUUGAGAUUGAACACAUGGAGCCAGAUACUUCCUCUCUCACGUUUGGGGAUUCCUCUUCUACUACCCCUAUUGGUCUCAUCAAGGACUUCCCUUUGAAGAUUGGAUCUUACACUAUCCCUAUAGACCUCACUGUCUUGAAGAUGGCCACUGAAAAGAGAGUUCCAUUGAUCCUGGGCACACCAUUCCUUACUACUUCUCCACUGGACGUUGAGUAUUGUGGAACCAUCACUUGUGGAAACCCCUCCAUUGAGAAGAUCAAGGAUGCAGUGGUUGAGGAGGUGAGUCGAGCCACAAAGGCUGCUCAUGACAAGAAGGCCACAAGGACUCAUCAACUCCAAGAUGAUCCAACCAAGCUUCAAGAGCCUCUCUCUCAGGUCCUCACCAUCACUCUUGAAGGUGGGAAGGAUCCUCCUUCUCCACUUUCCACUUGA